GGUCCGGGCGUGUGCGAGGUGCUGCGGGUGGGACAUGGCGCCGAAACGUCGGGCCGUAGCACUGCUGCACGUGGCGUACCUGCUGGCGGCGGCGCGGCUUGCGGCCUGCUCCGACACGGUGCUCCUGCGCCCGCGCGGCUGGCCCCAGGUCGAGUGCGAGCUGUCCUCGCAGCACGCCGCGCACGGCGACGACAGCCGCGCCGACUUCUGGAUGCGCGGCUGGCUGUCCCGGCAGUUCUACCGCUGCCGCCUGGACGCCACCGACGACGUUCGCGCCGGGCUGUUCGCGGCCAGCCAAGGCGGCCUCCUGCCGCUCACCGCCAGGUGGACCAUCAACCUCAACAAGUUCCGCAGAUCCCACUGGCCCGACAACUACCGGCUGAUGAGCGCGACCAGGACGCCUCAGUUCGACUGCCUCGCCGGCGAGACCCCCCUGCCGGGGUCCGUGUUCCCGCUCACAGCCCGACGCCCCGGCACCCAGUGGCAGAAGUGCUUCCCCGUGCCCGACAAGCACCACGGCGACCGCUUCGUCACCAGCGACGGCCUCGUCACCAUAUCGUUCCAUGGCGGCGCGCCGACCGUCGUGUGUGGAGUCUCCCGUGAGGAGCAGCCCACGUCGCUGCCGCUGCGCACCAUACUGCCCCUCCCGUAUUCGUGCUUCUUCGCCACGUACCUCGACUUCCCGUCUCUCUCCGACCCUCCGGCGAGCGACGUGUUCCAGAAACUGGUCGCGGACAAGUGGGUUUGUCCGUUCUCCGGCACUUUCCCACCGUUUCAGUGCUGGCCGGCGACGGACGACCCGAGCAGGCCGUUCGAUUUCGACGUGCUCUUCGACGGCAAACACGCACACAGGUGUCUUUUCCAGACACUUUGCGGCGAAGGACCAGUCUCUACUGUAGCCUCGAUAUCGGACUAUUCCAGUGGGGAUGUGGAAGUCACUACAAAUGGCAGCUUUCCUUCCACAUUACACACCAAUCUGGAUUCUCUCCUCGUAUCUAAACUGAACUUCAGAUUCACUGGUGCAGACGGAAUGCCAGACGAGGUAACCACGUCGUCCUUCUCUGAAAACGACACAACGGUUUUUUAAAUACCACUCUUUUAAAUUCCUGGGCAGCUACCAGUUACAGGACUGACACAAUGUUGGGCACACACAAUAAUAAGAUUGUUCAGAUCACUUACGGGGGGGGGUAGGACGUCAUACGGGCUGACUUGGAGCAGGAGAGGCACCACAGGACAUUUUAUUUUCUACUAUCUAUACUUUUACAAAUAAAUUCAUAACACUUUGUCAGCAUGACC